CUGUUUCACCCUCUUGUGCUCUGCAAUCAGUAUUGGCAGCUAUGACAGAACCAGACCCACGAAGGCGAGCUUCUUUGAUGAACCUACUUGACGUGAUCUCCGAGUACUGCCGUUCUCGUUUGCAAUCCAGACCUUUCACCCACAUAGUGAUGGAUAUGUACCGAGAAAUAGUGCGUUCACCCCAAUAUGCAGCUAGAAAACGAGCCCUUUUACGAACAGCCAAUAAGAAUCUAUCGGCAGCGGAAGUUCACCACAGACACCCACGUCAGUACACCACAUCAGGUCAACGAUGGUCAGGUGGUUAUCGCUUUUCCAAACACAACCCCAAAGUUGACGGGGCGCUUUUCAGAAUCCAGUCACGCAACUCCAGAUCUCAUCCAAAUCUUUUGGGCCUAUCAGCGGAUCCUGAAAGUCCCCUGCCACGAUUCCAGUCCCAGCUGGACAUGAUUAAUGCAGCUGAUAGACUCGAUCCACCAUCAAUUGCGUUUAGUCAUUCGAGAACGGGUUCACAACCACUAGCCAUUACUUCUCAUAUGAGAAGUAACGGAGAUUUGAUGGAAAGGCAAAUCUUGUCUAAUCUGAGAGAACAGUACCAGUACCAGAGGCAUCAGAGAAAUGGAGUUCUCGAAUUGCCUCCUCUAGUGAAACCCUUUCUCAGUUCACAGGAUGUGAGGGUUUAUGGAGGAAAUGGUUUGACGAAAAUAGGCCAGGAUCAGGAGCAACAUCAUGCAAGACCUAUGAACGUUAGAAAAAAUAAUCCUACCUGUUUCUCAUCUUCUUCGUCUUCAGCUUCCUCUUCCAGACCAAAUGGAGUACAGCAGAAAGAGUCGACUUAUGAGCCUCUAGUCAGUCUACCUAAGGAAGAUAUUUACGCUAUUGUUGACUUAGCACGAAACGGACGUUCCGGUACAGCGUUACAAAAACAGCUCUCAAAUCAUCGACUACGGAACUUAAACCAAGAAAGUAAUAAUGAAACAAGCAAUCCAUCAAUUCCCAAACCGAUGACCGACCAUUUUCGGACGUGCAUCGUAAAUUCCAGCGUUGAACAAAGAAUACAAGAGUACCAUCGAAAUCCUGUGUCUUCCAGUCAUAUUUCAGAUAUUUAUGGAUCAGUGCCACCAAAAAAUCCUCCGAUAAUCAGCUCAGUAAAGAGAGCCGUUUCAACCACUCAAAUUUCGGAUGCGGAAAAUGGAAUUCCAACCAAAUCUGCCACAAGAAUCGUAGCGAAAAACGGACCCAGGGCGCGCCGUGGUAAACCAGUUCAAAGAGCACCUUCCCGCUUGUACAGAGCAAUUGGAGGACAAAUGAGGAAUUUUGAUAAUACUCAGUUUGUCGGACCAGAGUUUGUCAUACGUGCAAAUCAACCUUCAAAAAUCAUGACAGUCGGCGACAUAAAGUCUGGGAAUUCCAGUCGAUUAAUCGUAAUAAUGUUAACUGGACAACGAUUGGAAGUAACCUGCGACCCACAGAAAAUCACAGCUGGAGAACUGUUCCAGGCUAUCGUGCAGGCGGAGGGACUCGAUGAGAACUUCACUCUGGGAUUGGCUGCCCUAUUGGCCGGAGAUUUCGCAUUGCUACCGGCAGAUACGAAAUUAAAUAAAGUUGCCCCUCCAGGCUGGUUAAAUAGUGGUAAGAGCAAAAGUCUUCUGGGACUUCCGGCAAGCUUUAUGCUCUACUUGAGGCUCCGAUUUUUUCUACCUUCACUUCGAGGAAUGAGAAGCUGGACUUCGAAGCACCUUCUCUACCUACAGAUUCGUCGAUGUAUAUUAGAACAGCAGCUGGUAUGCCCUUUGACGCAGCUAAUUAAUUUGACCGGUCUCGCUCUGCAGGCAGAGUUUGGAAAUUACAGCGUUAAUGAACACGGAUGUGGAGAUUAUUUCCUCCUGGAGCACUACAUUCCCGAGUCCUUGAUCCUAAAUCCAGAUCAGGAUCAACAAUAUUCGGACCUGUCAAGCAACGCAGAAAAUUUGAAGAGACAACUUCAUCAAGCUCAUCGAGAAAGACGAGGUUUGGAUGCAAACAGAGCAGAAGAAAUGUUCAUAACUCACGCCCAAACCUUGCCAGAUUAUGGAUCUCAUUAUUACAUAGCAACAGCAGAUGCUAAGGAAUUGAGCAAACUUGUAACUCGCCAGAGGAUGAGUGAAAAACGAAUUUCUCCAGUGGGAAAAGUUUGCCAUGAAGACAUUUACGCAAAGCUAAAACGAGACUGCCCAGUGCCAGGACGGACCGAAACUUAUACCGACGAGCAGAAAAUAAUUUUGUCGAGAAACCCUGGAAUGAAUGAGGAUCUCUACACUUCGGUGAAAAAUAGAAAAGGAAGUGUGGAAGCUGUCAAUGAAUCCAACAAAAAUAAUGACAGCACGAACAAAUCAAAAAAUACUGAAAGCAGUGUCUGGCUGGCUAUUCAUGGCGAGGGCUUAAAGCUUUUUGAAAGAGGAGGUGGUCGAUUUAGGGAAAGAAAGGAGCUGGCAAGGUUCCAGUGGAAGGAUAUUCAAACAUUGAGCUACAGCAAAUCCUGCCUCGUCAUAUAUACCAAAAUUAAUGGCAAACGAUGCAAAUUCAAAUUGAGAAUGGAUUACAGAAAGAGUUUUUUCGCCUUCAAGCUGACGUCUCUUCACCAUCAAUUCUUCCUGCAACUUCGAUCUGAGAUGUCGUCUCUUCAAGGACUGGCAAAAGACUUUGGCGUCCCUCUCGUAAUUGAGCCGAAUUCACCGAAGGCGAAACCCGAAUGCGGAAAGACAAAAAUCUCGAUAGCCGAUGCAAUAAAAAAACAAUCGGAAUCGCGACCAAAAAAACCCUUCGAAUUAGAAGAAUUCCAGAACAAGGAAAACGAGAAUCCCCAAAAAGACUCUGUUAGCUGGAGUAGCAACCAAGUCGCGACUACCCCGAUUUCUUGUUCUUCUCCAGAAGAAGACGCUCUUUACGCCCAAGUGAAUGCGCGUCUGGAACCGGAAGGCGAGUCCCGCGACACGGAAGAGGAGUCGGAUCGAGACGGAACUGCCAUGAGGCAUCGGGCCAUUUCGAGAAUUUUGAAUGGGCCAAAAGUUCUUUCAUCUAUCGAGGAUCAGAUUUAUGGCUAUGCGAACGUGGGGCGCGCCCACGAGGAAUACGUUUAUUGCAUUCCAAAAUUAAUAUACUCCAGUGAUAUAGAAAGGCUCGAGGUGAAAUCUGAAAAACCUACAGAGGAUAUUUACGCUGCUGUGAAUAAAACUGGACUGAAGAAGAAGAAGAACCAACUUCCGGUCCCUGAAGAAGUUUGGGACGUGGAUGAUAUCAAGAGAUCUAUGAGCAAGGUGAAAACAUCUAGUUUACCGAAUUAUGGAACACCAAAAUCGAGACAAGCAAGUGGAUUUCGAUCCCCAAGUUUACCGCGUCGACUGGGUGUAAAAAUGGGAACUCGCGCUAUUUACAGCAGCAGUAACCAUGUGCACAGGGAUUCCUCUCUUGCCGACGAUUUAGAAUCUCUGUCUCUAAAAUCAGACACAGCUUCGUCGAUGCAAUCAACCCCAGCACGGUCGGUCGAUUCACCCAUGCCAGAGGCUUAUGUACUGAAUGCCGAUAUUAGAUCAGCAAACGAAACUUUCCGGAUACCGGACGAAGAAACGAUGUCCCCGUCCCUUGCGGCUCGUCUUGAGGAAAUGUCUUUCGCUGAGGAGCGAAUCCUGCAUGUAAUAAAACUGGAACGGGGUGAUGGUGGCAGUAUAGGGUUGCAAGUAACCGAGGGUAACGACGGUGGAGUUUAUGUUCAGGCCGUUUCCGUCGGAGGAUCGGCCGAUAUGGCCGGAAACGUAAACAAAGGCGACAGAGUGGUUGCAAUAAACGGUCAAAGUUUGAUGAAUCUCGGGUACGAAGAGGCUCUUAAACUUCUUCAGAGUUCGUCGGAAACUGUGGAAAUGGUGCUCUCUCAAGUUACUGCUAACAAAAAUGAAAACCAGAAAAAAAACGAACAACGUAUGCCUGGCGCCAAUAAUUACCUUGAGAGCAUCAGGUUUAACAUCUCUUCGGAAACUGAUACUUGGAGCAUGGCAGCAAAAUGGCUCGACGGUUCAUCAGAGCAAAAAAAUACUUGGAAUUCUUACAGUAGUUCAACAUCGACUGCAACAGAAAAUUACAAUUUGGACAGCACUUAUACCAUAUCCGAAGGAAUCGAUCCUCGUGCUCUGCAGUCUGCGAGCAUGAUGCUCAGUCUUGAAGAUUUCGACGUUAGCAGAACAAGUCGUCAAGUCUUCAUCUAGUGAAGAAAAUCUUAAUUUAGAAAGAGUCGGAAGCCCAAAGUACAGGAAAUACUUCGAAAACAGGUACUGACCAUUUGGUCUAUAACACCGAAAAUCUUCAUCCAAAU